AUGGCAUUGCCCAGUCUGAAAACCUUCCCACUCAAAAUCCUCUUCCUGCUAACAUUUUUCCAGGAAGCUGCUCCUGAAUCCACAGGCUUCAGCCUCAAACUCAUCCCAUGGGACUCCCCCAACUCACCCUUCUACCAUCCAAAUCUCACUCAAACACAGAAGAUUCAAAUGAUGGUCAUCUCCUCCAAUGCAACAGCACUCUCCCGACACCCCGGAAACGAUACUGUCUACGCCAACGCGGUACAAAUUCCAGUGAGAAACCAGGCUUUACGCUAUGCGGUUAAGAUCAGGAUUGGAAGUCCAGGCACGGAGGUGACGCUGCUUCUGGACACCGGGAGCGGCCCUAUUUGGACGCAGUGCCAGCAAUCAAAAUACUAUUUCAAUCCCAAGAAAUCUAGAACGUAUAGUACAUUGCCCUGUGAACAUCCUGUGUGCCAAAGUGGCAAGAAAAGCUGCAAAUGCAUAAAUGGGAUGUGUGUUUGUAGACAGAGCUAUGGCUUCAACGGUGGAAAGAUACAACAUGUAUAUGCAGUCCUUUCAUCUGAUUCAUUCACUUUGGCAGUCAAGAACAAUGGAGUGAGGACUUUUAGCAACAUGAUCUUUGGCUGCUCGAGCCGGUCCCCUGUAUUCUCUGGGAUUCUUGGCCUGGAUAAAUUUCCAGUUUCCCUGAUAAGCCAAGUGAGGAAUGAAGUUCAGGGACAAUACUCUUACUGCCUGCAUGAUGGAGACAGCUACUUGAGGUUUGGAAACGACAUCCCACAAGUCGGGAGAGACGCUAAAACUACUAAAAUACUCUACCCUUAUCACCCCACUUUGUUCUUGGAUUUGAAAGACAUAAGUGUAGAUAAGAAGAGGGUGGGACUUUCUCCUGUUCUAUUUUCAUACGAACAAGGUGGUUUUUUCAUCGACACUGGAGCUCAGUUGACUGUCAUCAAGAAACAAGCUUAUGAUAAGGUGAUUCAGGCAUUUGCAAAUUACUACAACGUUAGGCUUAAACGGGUGAACGGGAAAGCUUUCCACCUGGAUCUUUGUUAUAAACAAAAUUCGACUUUGAAAAGCUAUGCCAGCAUGACUUUUCAUCUUGAAGGGGCUGAUUAUGUGACAACGAAUCUGUACGUUGUCCCACAGCCGGGGAUUCUGUGCAUAGGGCUGAUUCCAGGAGAGGUAUCGAUACUGGGAGCUCUGCAGCAGUGGAAUACAAGAUUCGUUUUUGACAUAAACACGAAUACGCUGAAGUUUGUCAAUGAGGAUUGCUCAAAAGACAGAGGAUGA